GCUGACCGGAACCCCCGUCUGGUCGCCGGCAGUCCUCGUAGUUUUUCAACUGGUAUUAGUACGGCUUGGUUCAGUCGUCGGCGCGACUCGGCACCACGCGCAUAUUCUCGACAGACGUGAGUUCGCAGUACGAUUUUCGAGUUGGCCCGAAGGCGUGUGAAAAACGUUCGUCGUUGGUAUCCUCGGGUCGGAGUAUACACCGCGUGAAUAGAAAGCCCCGGUACACCAGUCACGGCGUGACCUCAACGAUGAUACUGCGCCGCUCGCGAGCAUGGGAAACGCCUAAGCGGUCCCAAAAUCGGGUCCUCCUAUAACUUACUCGACCGGAUUUGUAGGGCCCCGAGUUUCUUACCGCCUCGGAUUAGGCCCACGCUAGCCGCUCGCGUCGUCUGACCCGAAGUGAAACUGAACCGCUUCGGGCCCCGCAGUUUCGAACGUGCGCGUCUGGCCCGCGUCUGGCUCGCAACGAAAUUCGGCGCACUUGGCCAGGGAUCGUGUAUCUCGUUGCUGUGAUUCGGGAACGAUUUCCGCCACCGCGAAAACGAAACAUCACAUUGUACGUAAGGAGAAAAUAUAACGAGACGAAGAAACGCGAGUAGUGCCGAAUAGUGCCUAAUGACGAGACCUCGGAGUACCGAAUCGAUAAUAAUAAUAACAAUAAUAAACGUGAUUUUCGCACGCUCGUUUAACGCCGUUGUCUGCGUAUCGAUGCAGCCUGCCUCGCUGACGGAGAGGAAUUUGGGAGAGCAAAAACCGAAGACUCUGGCUGCCUGUCAUUAUGACAGUGACUGCGUGGAAAACGCUUACUGCCUGUCACAGGAGACCUGCCAAUGCAAGGAGGGCUACUUCGUCGACAGGAACAGAACUCACGCACAGUGUCUGGCGAUCGCCACCAAGCUCGGGGACCCCUGUAUCAUAGACAUGCAGUGCCAGGUGACGUUCGCCGCUCAGGCGGAGUGCCGGGACGGAGUUUGUGGCUGUUCCGAGGCUUCCCACUUCCAGGGGGGACGAUGUUUCGAGACGAAACGUAUCGGUCAGAUCUGCCAAGUGACGGAUAACUGUCAUAUAGAGGGUUCGCCGAGCUACUGUGUGACCGGGAUCUGCACUUGUCCGUUCCAGCAUCAUCCGAACGAGAACGGAACCCGGUGCAUAAGGAGUUCUAUUUUGGGGGAUGAAUGCACCGUCGACGAGGAAUGCGUGACGAUGAACUCCAAGUGUUACGACGUCUGUCGGUGUCGGGUUGACCACGUAAUAUCGGGGGAUCAAAAGCGGUGUUUGAAGGUUGCGAAUACCGUCGGUGAACCUUGCGACGAAGACUCUCAGUGCCAGGAGUACGUGAGCCACUCGGAAUGCAGAGAGGGCAGUUGCGCGUGCGAAACGAACUACCAUCAGCGAGGACCCGUCUGCAUGAAGAGCGUCGAGCUGAGCGGGUCUUGCACUAGUCAUCAACAGUGCGUUACGCGGACUCACAAGGAUUCGAAUUCGUCGGAGGUAACCAGCGUCGAUUGCGUCGAUGGAAUCUGUACCUGUGCAAACAAUUACAUGACCACCGAGGAUUCCCUCGACUGUGUCCGAUACAGUGAAAACGGUGCUUCUACGAUCAACUCCGCGACGCAGCUUCUCUUCAUAUUAUCGAUAUUCCAAAUACUCCACGCGUUGUUUCGGGAAAGAUUUUGUUUUAAAACGUAAAUUGUAGGCCCAUUCAAGGUGCGGACAAUUAUUCGUUAUCUAAAUCGCUUAUACAUAUAUACGUUAUGGUAAUAGACCGGAAUUUUGAAUCUUAAACUCCCAAAGGAUGAAUCCGUGCUAAUCAUCUUCGCACACAUGCAGUGUUUGGAUUAUUUACCAGUACAAAUUCAUCGCAUCCAAAGUAAACUAGCUGUAUAAUGAUUAUUUAUUCGAUUUUGUCAUUUACUUUCUUGGCGUUUCUUCUAGAUAGAGAAUUGUAAAUAGAAUAUACUCGUAUUCCAACAGACAAUAAUGAUGAAAAAAAUAUAUGUGUUAUAGUUACUGUUA